AUACUCAAAGAAAAUUGGUACUCAACGAAAUGAACCAGUCGAAUAAGUCCAUUGUUCCUCGUGGCUGCUAGAUUUAUCUUUACGGAGGGUGUUAGAUAAUUUCGGAGAGCGCCACCAGCGUUUUAACGGAGCAGUGUGGCCAGGUGUCGGCUGCAGCCUGGAACUUGUCAUUGGUCCCGUCCGUGAUCUUGUAUGUUAGCCUCCUUCCCCGGAAAGAGUACACGAUGCAUGUUUUUUUUUUCAUUUUCCACUAAUGAUUUCAUUUGUAUGUAGGAAGGCCUAGUAGUAGCUUCUACGUCCAUUUUAUGACAAAAGGAAAAGGAAACCCAGAAACCCGUCCAGGAAACCCGUCACUCUACUCGCGCUAGGCCGUUUCAGAUACAGUACUUCAGUUUGAACGUACCGGGUAAUUUCCCGCUAAGCUGUUCGUUUAAAACGGCACACCCUGGGCCUAGCAGAAAAAUUUUCGUCUUACGAAGUGUUUUUGAUGAACUAUUUGUUGACUGCCACUAAUGUGAAUGUUUCCGUGAAUUCUUUGUGUUCGUCGUGAUACUGAUGAUACUUUGAAUUGCUCUUAAUUAUUAAUAAUUAUAACUUUGCCGCCAUUUUUGUACCAGCCAGACAGAUGCAGUCUCAGUAGGCCUAGUCAGAAGUUUGCUGACGGUAUAACGGCAUUGAUGAGGAAUAGAAAAAAUACUCCAUUCUGAGCCGAGAUUUUACUGGGUCUCACUUUGUUCAGAAGAAGAGUCCUUAGGAAAUCUGUUUUACCAAGCAGAACCAGACCCCAGAAUAUUUUUCAGGACCAAGUGCUAUUGCUGUAAAGGAAGAUUUCAGGAGCUGGCGUUUCACUGUAACAGAACCUGUGCCGGUGUUGAAGCUAAUUAUUGGAUUUCAUUUAUUUACAACAUUUGCCUAUGGCUUGAGGUUUCCACAUUCAAUGUUACCAGUAAGACAGUUAUUUCUACUGUUUUUUUGUCAAAAUUACAACAUUGAAUGAUGUCAUAUAUUUACGGUUAUUCGCAGGUUGGUGCAUUCCACCUUCAAUGUUAAUAGUGAUAAGGUGGAUAUUCAUUUACAACAGUGAACUCAAGUAAUUUCUUGGUUGGAGUUUUCUUAAAGUCAGUCGUGCAUCAAUAUAUAAAAUCUGUAAUUAUUACAAUAACUGUAAUCAAGAUCACCAAGAUAUGAUAUAGGAUAUUAAAAGAAAAUUUGUUUCUGCACUAUAGUGAAAACUGGAUUGCCUUUUUAUUGAAGUACUCAACUAAAAAUAGUCUUUAUAAUCUAACCAAAAAUUUUCUUGCAUUAUUUGCUUAGUGGACUAUAAAACAAACUGAAUAUUUUACUGUUUGUGGCAGUUUUGAGGUUAAAUAUAUGGUUUCAGUGUGAUGAUGACAGCUGAAAACAGUCAUUCUAAAGUACGUAGCUUACUGAGUUAUGCAAAGUCAUUGGAUGAUUAUGCCAUUGAAGCAGAUUGUAUGGGAUUCCAGCAAUCACAUAGUCUUGCACCUGAUACAGAUCUUUAUGAUGUUGUAGAUGAUGUGGAUGCAGGUUUAACAUCAUUACAUAGUGUUGAUGGAAUCGCUGUAAUUACUUUAGGAGCUACAGCUAGUGCUUCAAACUUAUGUUCCAAUGAAAGAAAAAACAGACAUCAUGGCACUGAACGCAAUUUGUCUGCUGAAGUUGAUCGUUUGGCAACGUUUAAGAAAUGGCCACAUUCAUCACCAAUGAAUCCAAGCACUCUGUCAAGAGCUGGAUUCUUCUACACUGGUUCUGAUGACAUGGUGAAGUGCUUCUCUUGUAAUGGUAAAAUCAAGGACUGGGAGUUUGGCGAUUCAGCAGUUGGAGAGCAUAAACGAUUCUUUCCGAAAUGCAAGUUUAUUCAAGGAAAAGACCAACAGAAUCAAACGAUGUUGCAGAACCAGGCAUCAUCGUUACAAACUGUGCCUGUGGCAAAAGGCCAGUCAUCAAAAGAAGAUGAUAAUUUUAACCCAAAGAAGGAUUCAUUCACAAUUGAUAAAACAAAAAUUCCAGGUAAAUUGAAUAGUGAAUAUCGCCGUCUGCUCACAUUUCAAAACUGGCCACGCACAAACCCAUUGCAGCCUCGCACAUUGGCUAAAGCUGGUUUCUACUACACUCAGACAAGGGAUAUAGUAAAAUGUUUUGCUUGUACUGGUGAAAUAUCAACUGGGAAAGUAAUGGAUGUUCCUAUGAUUCAACACACCAUGCUCUUUCCAGAGUGCCCUUUUGUUCAGGGUGAGGAUGUUGGCAAUGAGAAACUGACCACUACAGAUGUUAUGAAUGCCCAGCAUGCUGUUGUUUUACGGGAACCUUCAACCAAACUGUCACCAAUGAGAAAUGAAUCAAAGAAUAAGAGUCGGGUAUCACAGACGGCUAAAAUGAUUGAUCAGCGCGCAUCCAUGCGAAGUCAGAGUGCCAGCAAUGCACCCGAGGCAUCCCCACUUGCCGGGUUUUUCCACACAGCAUCUACUUCAGAAGGAAAUACUGGAUUCUACUACGAAGGAAUUUAUUCCAUUCAUAAUGAGGAGGAACUGUCAUCUUUACCAUUAGAAGACGCCAUAAAAACAAGAAUGGAAUCCAAAAUUGUGCAUUAUCUUGUUAUAAUGGGUUUUCCUCUGCGGAAAAUAAGGAGAAUUAUCGAGAGACAACUAAGAACAAGGAAUGUGAAUAGUUUAAAUACCAUUCAGAGUCUCAUUGACGCCUUGCUUGUUGAGUCAGAUGAGCCUAGAGACAACAUAACAUCAGCAAAUACAAUGAAUGGAAAAUUAGAAGCAGUACUUCCAGCUUCAAUCCUAGAUGACAAGUGGACUUGUAAGAUCCGUGUGGACAAUGAAAUCAAUGUAUUGUUAACACCAUGUGGGCAUUUGGUGGCCUGUGAACAGUGUGCACGCUUAAUACAAAUAUGUCCGAUUUGCAGAUUGCCUAUAAAAACUCUCAUUAAAAUAUGCCUGUCUUAAAUGUUACUUUUAAUUCAACGAUUGUUAACUGUUUCACUAAAAAUAUUUUAAAUCCAGGAUCCGGAGGAACAUAUUUUAUAUGUUGUACAACUGAUUUUUCUAAUAGUAAUACACAAAAACCUGGGAAUGGUUAUGAGAUACAGAUAAUUAGAUAAUUAUGUGUGCUUAACAAGACUUGAUGUGUUGAGUCCAAAUGACAGGAUGGAUUUUUUUGCAAGAUUAACUGCAAAAGUAAAAAAAAAAAAUAAUGGUUAUGUUUAAUUUCUAGAGGAGAUUAUAUUUUUCAAAUGAAUCUCUUCCAAGAUAAAAAAAAAAAAAAUGUUCUUAACUCCUAUGUUAUACUGUACUACCAAAAUUUAUUGAUUUUAUCCUUUCUAUGUUGCGGAGGGUAAAGUUGGAUUACUCGGUUUUUAUAGGUAGUAAUAUUUUAAAUUUCUAGUUUUUUAUGGAUUAAGCGAUAUUUUUACUAAAUGUAGAGAUUUUAUCAUGUUGUAUUGGCCAAUUUCUCAGCAAUUUUCCACAAUUUUUGAAAAUUACAAUUUGCAAUCAGGAUGAAAUCUUACUGAAGUGUGGCUUAACAGAAAUGCAUGGGUACAAAAUACCCAUUGCUUACAUACAAAAG